GUGAAUAGAGCAACAGCCGCCGUUAAACGCCCCAGAUCUGAGUGAUCUGUCCAAUACCGAUUAAAGGUCCGCCCGAACUUGCGCCUAGGUUCCUAAAAACGACGUCGUUUCAUCGUGCGUAAUGCUGCUAAUUGCUAUAAAUUAUCGCCGUCUUGACAAAUCCUGAGCCCUAGCCGUCGUCCACAGUCCGCAACUAAGGUUUGUAGCUGCUUGGUUUGCUAUUUUUUCCCUUAACAGAGGAAGAAUCAGAAACAACAGUCCGCGCUUAGCUAGCAAUGGCAGCUACUUUCUAUAACCUCAACUCAGAUUCUGGCUUGAAAAAGCUUGAUGAUUACCUUCUAACUAGGAGUUACAUCACUGGUUAUCAAGCUUCGAAGGAUGAUAUUGCCGUGCAUUCGGCUCUUUCAAAGGCUCCAUUGGCCAAAUAUGUGAAUGUGUCUCGUUGGUACAGCCACAUAGAUGCACUUCUGAGGAUUUCUGGUGUUUCCGGUGAAGGUUGUGGUGUUACUGUGGAGAGUUCUGCCCCCAUCACCGAGGCAGUUGCAACUCCACCUGCUGUUGAUACUAAGGCGGCUGCUGCCGGUGAUGAUGAUGAUGAUGAUGAUGUGGAUUUGUUUGGUGAAGAGACUGAAGAGGAAAAGAAGGCUGCUGAAGAACGUGCAGCAGUAAUGAAGGCAUCUACAAAAAAGAAAGAGUCUGGCAAGUCUUCGGUUCUAUUGGACGUGAAGCCAUGGGAUGAUGAGACUGACAUGAAAAAGCUUGAGGAGGCAGUGAGAAGCAUAAAGAUGGAAGGACUGCUUUGGGGAGCAUCCAAGCUUGCUCCUGUUGGAUAUGGCAUAAAGAAAAUGCAGAUUAUGAUGACUAUUGUGGAUGAUUUGGUUUCUGUUGACAAUCUAAUUGAGGAUUAUCUGACUGUUGAACCUUUGAACGAGUUUAUUCAGAGUUGUGACAUUGUUGCCUUCAAUAAAAUAUAAUUGAUGAUUCAUCUCACCCAUUGGGUAUGGGAAUGGGAGCGGGAGCGGGAGCGGGAGCGCGGGCUUUCUGGAAGUGGAGUUUUCCAUUUAUGCUAUUUCUAAGUUUUAUAGUUCCUGGAGACUUGGAUAUUAGUCCAUUUUCCACCAUUGCGGUGAUUGUUACCAUUGAAGUGGAGCUUUUCAUUUGUGCCAUGCUUAAAUUUCGGUCAUCAUAUAUGCAAAUUUGAAGCCAAACUGAUUUUGCUUC